ACACAACGAGUCGUCGAGUUGAUUGUAUUGACUGGAACUGUAGUCAAUAUGGCUACGAUUAUCUCGAGUGUCGCGAAAACAACGCGCUUCGCGAUCGUUUCGACUUUGCACACGUAAUAAUUACGCGGAAAUGACUCGGUUCUGAGGAUCAAAAGUUAAUUUCGCUCGUUAGUGAUCGAACUGAAUGCACAAAGUGAUAGUGAAAUUCGCAUAUAAAUAGUAUGAAAAGAGAUGCAUUUCCUCAAAUGAACAUUUCUAUUCCUCUUGGGCAUGCAUUCCACAAAUAUUUCUUAACGUCGAGAAGCGAUUUGAAACGCAGCUCAUCGUAACGCACUCGCGAUGACCGACUCUGAGAAACCUUUCGCCUGCUCCACAUCAGGCUGCAACAUGAGCUUUACGAAUGAGGACCAAUUGAGUGUGCACAAGAAGAAGCAUGACAUGAUGUUGAAUCUGGGCAAUAACAUCAAGAAUGCUGGUUUUGUCGCGGACCAAACACCGACACCCACGAGGUUCAUCAGGAAUUGCGAGGAGGUUGGCCUGUUUCAAGACCUGCAGGUGAACCCAUUCGAGGAGACAUUCCGUAGAGCAGUUGAGGAGGGAAAUACUGGCACGCUCACAGUACCAGAGGCCGGAAUCACGGAUGACACGUUGCACACCCCGCACAUCUUUCCUUAUAUACCGGGCGUGUUGUCGACGAGCCAAAUCCUCAGCGAGGACAACGUGGAGUGUUCGCCGACCGUGUCUCUGGCUGAGAAGAGUGCGGACGAGGCGAGCAGCGUCAUAGAGCCUGAGGUGUGCGGUACCAUAAAACUGAAUGCGGACGAAGCGCCGGAAUUGAUGAAAGAUGAUGUCACGACGCCUGGGAAGGACGACGUUCUUUCGCCUAACAUCAUCGUCGCGAACACAAACGCGCCCAUUAUUGCGCCAAAACUCUUGCCAACAACACCCACGCCGCAUCUGUCCAUCAAUGGCGAGGAGGUGCAGCUACUGCUGAAAACCGCGGACGGCAAACUGAUGCAGCUGUCGGCAACACCAAUACCCGAGAUAGUACCGAGUGUACCCAACGUCGGUAUGAAACAACAGCAGACCGUCGUAAUCAGGACCGAGCCGGCUCUGAGAUGCGCCGCGAGGUCGGAGCCGAAGAGAUCCGUGAUCUCCAGGUUGUCCCUGGCGAAAAUGAAGCUGAAACAAGCUUUAUGUAAAAACGCGGCUCCGCAGACUCCGAGGGCGGCGGUGGAGGCGUGCGCGAAGAUCACCGACGCGACGACCGGCGUCGGCGUGAAGAGGGACAACUCGAAGAAGACGAUGGACCAGCUGAAGAAGAAGGACAUCCUCGAGCGCAACCGCGCCAGCUCGAUGCGCGCGAGAGCCAAGAGGAAAGCGUGGAUCCAGCAGCUCGAGAGGAACGUUACUAACGUGAACGAGGUGAACGCGGCUUUACAGAUGGAGGUGAAGGCGUUGCGCGCCGAGGUGGCGAAGCUGAAGACCCUCUUGCUGGCUCACAAGGACUGUCCCGUGACGAAGGCGAUGCAGAAAGGAAACGGCAUAGUUCUUGGGCCUAAAAUAAUAUCGGUGAAUUCGGAGGUACUGACGGUGCCGAUCGCGGCCAACGGCGUGCCCGUGAAGCGUACGGUCUCCUACGCGUGCCCGGAAGGCGCGAGUCUGUCGAAGAAGCCCUCCGUGUCGAUCACGAAGAACCCGGUGAUCUUCCCGAAGGUGGACUGCGGCGGCGCGAAUCUCGCGAUCCCGAACGCGACGAUCAUAAAGAGUCUGCCGACGUUGAAGAUCGUCGGGGUCAACCAAUUCCUGCCGGAGAAGGAGGAGACGAAGCAGAUACUGAUUGUGCAGAAUCAACCGCGGAAACUGUGCGAAACCGCCGCCCGGCAGAUUAUACAAAUCAACCCGAAUUAUGAGAUCGAGCACGCGGCUUCUAAGAGCACGGGAACGUAACAGAUCGUUCCCGCAGCAUUCGUAGUUAGCUCAUGAAAUUCAGCGCGAUCCGCGACUCCGUGGUCGCCGAGAAACGGCCAGGAGUCACGUGCCUUCGCGGGUAAUGAGAGCUACACGAUGCUCGUGAUGUCUAACUCUAGUCUGACGUUUCCAGGAUGAAUUGGACGAACAACUUUGUGUCGUUGUGUCGUGCAAUACUUACCUAGCGCUGUAGCGGGAUGCAGGAAUAGAGGAAUGCAAAGUGAUUUGAGGAAUUGCUAAGUUUUUAUACUAUUUAUUCUGCGCAAUAAAGACUUAAAUUUUUUACCGAA